CUUCGGUGCAGGAGUCUGUAAAGGAGACCUUUGUCCAGGGUAAAUAGUCCCCUCGCUCGCUCAAUGCCAUCUAUCUGCCUGUAUCACGAUCGUUUUUGGCUACUUACCAGUGAUAACGAACAACCUCGGGCUCGGGCAACACUUCCGGGAUCACCGCUACAGCCUUUGCAAAGGGCCCAUAAGCGCCGUCUACGCAUGGGUUACAUUAUUCCUAUAACAUCCGGCGCGUCUUCAAGCGCCACAUAUAUUGGUCUGAAACCUGUCCUUCCGAGUCCUUGACCUUCUCACAGCAAUGCAUUUGCUCGACCUCCCACCAGAGAUUCUCUCGAUUAUCGUCAAUAACACGGACAAGGAUACCCUCCUCAGUCUCUGUCUGACAGAGAAACAUACACUCUGUCAGAUAGCGCGUAGUUGCCUUGAGCAAAAUGUUACGGUGGUCUUUGAUGUCGGCCGCAAACCUAGGCCCGACGUCUUUUCGUUUGGUUCUGGUCGCUUGUCCGCUAUCAGAUCACUCUCACUCAUCGACCAUGGGAGCUUUGCAUUGCACUCUGAGCUAUACUCUCCGGUUUUCAUUCGCAUGGUCAAUCUAAACCAUGUUCGUGUGAUUGGAGGACCCGGUACACUCAUCCGUUCGAUAGUCGAGAGCACAACGGCGUCUCUCACCACUCUCGAAUUGGAGGAAUGUGACGCGGAGCCGCAAGACUUUUCAGAGAUGGCUUCUGUGGCUAUUCGGAGGCUUUCCAUUUCACGUUGUCAUUCCAACGUUCGUUUCAUUUUGGGCCCGCUCACUGUCGAGGAAUUGGAAGUGCAUGGUCCCAGUCUCGAUGAGGAAUGCACGCAUGUUGGUGUUGCCUUACGACGACUAACGGACGGAAAUCUUAAAAGGUUGCACCUCAUCAAUACAUGUCGAGAUCCGGGAUGCCGCGAUGUUUUGCAUUUAGCGCACGCUUUGGAAACUCAGCCAACUCGAUUCCCUUCACUUGAGGUACUGAUUCUAGAUAUACCACUCUCACAGGACACGAUGGAGAAGCUCUUCCGCACGGUAUCUGUGUAUCCUGCAUUGAAGAGACUCUACCUUGAUGGGAUAUCGUUGUCCAGACCCUUCAAGUUAUUUGGAAAUGGCCCGGACGGACUUUGUCUUACACUCGAUAUGAUCUCAUUUGCAACGUCAAUAUUAUGAUACCGAAGACUCCAAGGGAAGGCAAGAUGAUGGGUCUAUCACUGUGCGAAAAUGAUUCAGCAGAUAAUUCUUAUAUGUAUCAGAACAAACCUUCAGUCACCUGUAAGGCAAGGCAGAGUUAUCAGGCAAAGUUGAAGUUCCUGGGCGGAAAGUCCUGGAACUGAGCCAACUCCGGCAAUCCCCCACCUUGUCUUCCGCACCUACAGAUGUCAUGAUGAUGCCUUAGUCGCCGUUCAUCAUAUCCCGCUUUAACCUUGUGUCGGUACGAUCUCGUUCAAAGCCGUAGUCAAGUUGCGCUGUUGCCAAUCACCUGUCUGCUCGAAUAAUGUGAGCGACUGGUUCGUUGCUCGUCAGUAUCAUGCUCAACAGCCCAAGCAAAAGACCUUGCCAUGAGCUUCUGGGGCCUUACAACUAUUGACACCGAAG